AUGAAUCUUCAAGAUGACAUUUGUACUCAUUAUCAUACUGUUGAUUUGAGACAGCUGUCUGACAAGUCAUUUUUAUUCUCUCAAGAGAAUAACCUUGAUCUCAGUGAUCUUGAUUCAGAUCUCCCUGUUCUCAGUCAGGUUGAAGAGAUAUUAAUUUCACACAUGCAUGUCUUCAUUGAGUUAUCUGAAAAUGAAGAUGUCUCUGAUCAGAUUCCUUUUCAUGAGCUUGAUAAGCAAGAAUUAACAGUCAUUGAGAAUGAGAAUUAUUUGAAUCUUGACAACUUGAAUAUCUCACCUGAAUACUCUGAUGUUUCAGAUCUUUUAAUCUCACAGUUCAAAGUUGAGCAACUUCACUAUGAACUUGAAAUAUCACAGUGA